UUUUUUUCUGCUUGUCGGUUGUAGACGUACGUUUUUACAGAGACAGAGAUGAGGAUCUUGAAAAUGUUCGCAGGAUAUUACCAGGGGCGAAUCCAGACUAGUAAUUUAGUGGAUGCACUAAUAUUAAUUUAAUAAAUAUUAAAUUAAUUUAUUAAAAUAUUAUAUUAAUUAAAAUAUAAAGUAAAUAUUUAUUAAAUUUAAUACCAUAAAAUAUUUUCAAUAUUACUUUUCAUCAGUUUUCCACUAUUGUAUUUAUAAUAUUUAAAUUUAUUUUAAUAAAAAUAGAAUAGAUAAUCAUUAAAUUUUUGUAUAUUUACAAGAAAAUAUCCGUUCAUAUAAAAAUGUUUUUUUCUGCAAUGUUGUACUACAAAAUAAGAAGUUUGUUUAAAAGUAAGAUAUUUUGUUAUUUUUAGAAUUUAAUGGUAAACUAGUAAUUUAAAAUAUACAAUUCAAAACUUAAGUAUGUAGUUUUGGAGUUUAAAUUAUUUUUAUUUACUUAAAUAGGCUAAGUUUUUUUUAUUGUAAGAAACUUUUAAUAGAUAAAGAUUUUAAAACAAAAAUGUCUUUUAAAUCCAAGAUUUAUUGAUUUCUUAAAUCGAGUGAAUUAUGUUUAAAUUGUUAAAUACAUUUGAUAUGUUUUGUUUCUUUCUAGAGUUUAUCUAUUUUUGUGGGUGCAUGUUAUAAAUUAUUAUGGGUGCACAUACAAAAAUUUGUACAAAAAUACAUUUAUUUUCAAAAAUAAUUAUGGGUGUACAGGCACCCCCUUUCCACAUCCUAGCUUUGCCCCUGGAUAUUACUGUAACUUGAAAGCGUGUUUUUGAUUUUUUGAGAAUUGCGCGUGAAUGUGGAUAUUGUUCUUGAAUACACAUAAAGUCGUUGUUGCACACGCGUUAGUUAACUCGUCAUUUUUUACCCUCGAAGAUUGAGUUCUCUUCUCUCUUUUGCCGAUAAAAUUUUCAAAAUCUCAAUCUAAAUUGUUUUUAUUUUUGAAAAAAAAACAAAUAUCACAGUUUUAUGUGAUUAUAGUUUUAUGUGAUUAUAGACAGAGUCUGAAUCAUUCAUUUUCUCUUAUGUUGAUUUUCGUUGCAUGAUUUUUGAUUGAAGCUUUACUGAAAAUCUGUUGAGUGUAGAUUAAAGUCUUUUAAGAAUGAAUGUUUUCAUGUAUGAUAUUGCUCCUUUUGAGUCAUAAAUAGCAUAAUCCUAGUUUUAUGCACAUAUAUGUUUUAAAAAUGAUAUUCGGUUAUUUGGGUAUUUGGAACUAUCGCUGCUAAUGAUGACCCCAACUCUACCAGUGUACUCAAUUAUGAAUCCGGUCUUUAUUCGUGACUUCAUUCCCUCCGGGGAUCGCCUUUCUUUUUUAAGGAGAGUAUGACAUUGUCCGGAACUUCAUUCUUUACACCCUCGAGUUAAAGGUGAUAGAUUUUAUUGUAAUUAUUUUUUUAAAUAGAUUUUAUUGUAAGAAAUUGAGCUUGCCAUUAAUUGAUAGUAAAAACAAAAUUUAAGAAAUUUUUAUUUAAAUACUUAUAAAUUUAAUUAAUAUAUAUAAAUUCAAGGAAAGUUAAAGAAAUAUUUUUUUAAACGUUACAAACUUACAUAACACUGGUUUUCCUAUGAUUGAUCUAACUUUUUCUAUAACGGAUAAUUUUUUUCAAAAAUUGUAUAAUUGUGUUAGGCUAACUAGAGUGAAAAUAUAUGGAGUUAGCAUUGUAAAAUUUGGAAUGACACCAGUUAAAUAUAAUCUGAUUGUAUACUUUGGAGGGUUUGUUGUUUGCAGGUAUUUACUUAAUUAAAAUAUUCUAAAUGAUUAAAUGUCUGUUAAAGUAGUAUAUUUUAUGAUUUUAUUUCCUUAAAAUAAAAAUAAUAAAAUGUUUGAGAUUUACCAUUUACUAGGAGUCUUACUACUUAAUUUCUUUUGAAAGAUACUGUAUUAAUUACUGGAUAAUAUCAUUAGCUAGCCAACCAGGGAAUUCCACGCCGAUUAGUUGUUGUUGUUUUCGACGUCAUCGUGCUGGAGUCAGCACCUACUACGUCAUGUGUUGCUAACGUCGAAGUCCGACGGAAACAGCCACUUGCCUCCUCUCCUGUCGUUCACACAUGACUAACCAUUAAGUAUUCUAGUAGACAACUAAUAAGACUAGUGUAAUCAAAAUGAAAAAUUAUAUAAAACAUAAUUUUGUUUUCUAUUACAUGAAAGAUCAUUUGCUAAAGUCAACACCUAAUUUUCCUUUACCUCACAAUUGGUGGUGUUUUAAAAAACAUAAAUCGUACUAUUCGAUUAAAACAACAAUGUGAUCUAUUGAUAUAGCCAUAUGGAUGUGGUCCAAAUACAAUUAUUAAAACUUUUUAUUAAUCAUUAAAAAGAAAUAUUAUAUAAAAAAACACAAAUAUGAUUAAAAAAUAUAAAUAUAAAAAUUAAAUUUAAAAAAAAAAUAUAAAACAGAAAAUAUAUCCGUUUUUUUUAAAAGCGGAUCAAAAUCUAGUUUAACAUUAAAUUACACCCUAGUGUAUAUAAAUGGCUUGAUUAGGAAUAUAAAACUUGGUCUAUAAUUGGUAAAGUCAAUUUAGUUCUAUUGCAUAUAUAUGGUUAAACUAUAUCAUGUUGUAUUUUCCUAAUACUUUCUAAUCAAUAUUUUUCGUUUCCCUUCCCUCAUCUGGUAAUAUGUGAGCACCACUUGGCAUUUACCCUAUAUAUAUUAUCUUUCUAUCCAUUCAGAAUUUAUAGCAUAGAGAAGAGACUUGAGAGAAAACGGCUAAAACAAGAACACUCUACUCGACAAUCUUAUGAAUACCUCCCACGAAAAGGCAGUACAAGCUAUCCUUUAUGGCCAUAGCUGUGCCAAGCGGUUGAAGCUGCAGCUUGACCAUCCAGUGGCUGACGCAAGAUCGGUUUCUAACUAUGAUCUUACUAAAUCGAUCGUCCAUUGUUUUUCCGAUGCCAUCUCAAUCUUUUCUGAUAAAUCAAAAUCCGAGGAUGAUGUAUUUUCUGAUUUAUCUUCAAGGGAUUAUCCUCCUCCUCUUCACCAGAGAAGCCACUCCAAGAAAAGAAAGAAUAAUAGUACAAAUUCAAGUGAGAAUUGGAGGCACGAUUCACCGGAUCCGAACUACUACGAUGGGUUUCUUUGGAGGAAAUAUGGCCAAAAGACUAUUAAACAAUCUAAACAUCAAAGGAGCUACUAUAGAUGUUCAUACAACAUAGAUUAUGCAUGUGGAGCAAAAAAGCAUGAACAGAAGAUCAAAGACAAUCCUCCAGUUUACCGAACCACUUACUUUGGCCACCACACUUGCAGAAUCAACCAAAACCAAGAUGCCGGUUUUACUACCAUUGGAGAUCCGGUAGAUAAUUUGGAAAAUUCCCGAAUGAUCCGGUUCGGACAAGAUCUCGAUCAGGAGACGAUCGGUUUAUCUGUAUCGGUUAAGGAUGAAAAAGGUAUCAUCAAAGAGGAAACUAUGGAUCAGUGCCGUGGGAUAACCGGUAAUGAUAAAGAUUGUCAAACUGUGAUUAAAGAGAAUCAUCAGUCAUCACCAUCAGGUUCUUAUACUCCGUCGUCAUCUGGCAGUGAAAUUGACAUGUUUGAUUCAGAUUUGCUAGUGGAAGACUUAGAUUUAUGGGAUCGUUAUGAUUUGUAUGACUUUUGACUGCGUUAGAUUUUUCAGCUACGAACGUUAAAGAAUUUCCUUUUUACGAGUAAUAAUAUUUGAGGAUUGCGAGUAUUUUUGUUACUGAUUAGUUUCUAGCGAGCAUAAGUAGAUUAUUUGAAAGGGGUUUGUAACAAAAUUAUUUGCUAGAGACAAUGUAAUAGUAACAACGUUGGGUUAAUGUUGGGUGUGAACUCGGUUAAGUUUACGAGUGCUCCGGUUUAUGAAAUAGUUGGAACUUUUUUAGUCUUA